GUAAAAACGAUAUUGGAUAUUGGAUAUUACCAGCUACGUAUUAUAAGAUAUACGUUACAGUGUAAAUGCCAAGGCCAAUUUACAUAUUCCUUAUCGUGGGCUAAAGAGUUGGUUAUUCAUCUGUUCUGUUACGUAGUUGCAGUGAACUGCCUCCACAGUUACUGGAUUCAUAUCAGACUUCUCAGCCGACUGGAUAUAGCAAAUCAUGCAUGAUCAUGUGAUCAAUAUUGAACCGGAGAACACAAAAUACUCGUUAUUCCAAUCACAUACAAAUUCAGUUGUUUUUCUUGAAAAUGGAGCGGAGAUAACUGCGAUGUGUUCAUUUUCAAACUUACUUUUCGUGGGAACAAGCAAAGGGUCUGUCAUAACUUUUUACAUCAUAAAACUUUCCUUCUUUGUUUGUAGUGUAGUAUUUCAACUAGUCUUUCAAGAGUUAUAUGGUGACGAUACAUACUUUUAUUACCGUGAUGCUUUGUCCAAAAGAAUAUGCUCCAAAGCAAUUUCAAGACUUCAGACGUCUUCCAAAAAGAGUACAAUUGCUAUAGCUAUUGAUGAGGAUCUUUUAUUACGUGGUGCUGAACAACUAGAGACUUUGAAUUUCAUCCCAUCGUUUAAAAGUGUUUCAUCAUUUCAUCUGUGUUCAUUUGAUGAUGAAAAAGAAAAGCUCUGUAUUGGUUUUAAAUCAGGUCUAAUCCAAGUGCAUCAUAUUUUUGUGUCCACAUGUGUUCUGGUUUUUGAAAUGAAGCUAACAGAAAUACCUAAGUGUAUUUGUUUAUCUCCACAGUUUCUGUGUGUCGCACUGGAUAACUGUUAUAUAUCAAUAAAUUUAAGUACAAGUGCUACUGUAGAACUGUUACGUUCAGUUAAAGAAUCAAUACGCAACUAUAUAGCUUAUUUUAAUCAAAAUGAAUUCAUUGUUUCAGGUCCUGGGUCAUUGGCUAUCAUAGUUGAUGCGAAUGGUGUCUCUCAUCGAGCACCACUUCAAUUAUCCUCAAAUAUGAUAGAUGUUUUUGUAUGGAGAAAUUACUUUUUUACGGUCACUGACGAAUUCUUCACUAUUCAUAAUAUCCUAACGCAAUCUCAACUACAAACAGUCAAUCUUCAAAAGUCAUCUGUAGCUUGUUUUUCAAUGGAUGCUCACCUAGUUUUCAUUAUUAACACAUCGUCGUAUUCUUCUGAUGAUUCAAGUAUAAAAAUUCACUGUUUAGGUCCAGAGCGUUGGGAUCGUGUUGCACGUAGAUUCAUUCUAACUGGUUGUUUGAAGCAAGCAUUCAGUGUAGAACAAAAUGAAAGGAAUCGCCUUUCUCAAGUUAUGCAAAUUCAAGCUGAGAAAUUCAAAAGUGAACAACAAUUAUUUAAUAUGAGACGACAACGAGUACUUGGUCUUUUAGGAUUUUAUUAUUUUGAGUUAGCUGAUUUAAAGAAAGCCGCUUACUACUUUGAAGAAAGUAUCAUGGAUACACGUGAAAUCCUGUUUCGAUACACUGACCUUUUACCUAAAGGCUGUUAUUUUAUGCCAAAUUGGUUCUACAGAUUACAUUAUACCAGUGAUUCUACACCCAAUGAUGAUAGAGAUGGACAAACCUCCGGAAUUAAUUUAGUCACUGAUUUAUGCAUUUUGAGAGCUGCAGAAGAUUCGGACACUGGUCAUGACCUAUCGUCUGCUUCAUUAUGGUUAUCGAAAUAUGAACAAUUUCUAUUCAAUUUUUUACGUAAAAAUCAUAAAAGUAAAUUCGUUGAAAAAUAUUUACAUUUUGUAGAAACGGCCUUAGUUAAACUGUAUGUUAGAUUACAGCAGUCUGGUAUCCAACCGUAUUUGUAUGAAUUAAUCAUUGAUCCAAAAACGUCUUAUGAUUAUUGUGACCAGUCAGCAAUGGGGUUUUCUUCUGUAAUUCAGCAAUCAAGUGAUAAUAAUGAUGAUCAAGGAUUAGUUAAUCUUAUUUCAAGUUUGAUACAUAUUGAUGUAGAAGAUUUAAUUGUUUACCUGGAAAAGAACAAUGCUUAUCAUGCUUUGGCGUUAAUAUAUCAUUGGCAGGGUAAUCUUUUUGGUGCACUAGAAAUAUGGCGAAAAUUAGUGUAUAAUGAACUUAGUGAUCCAGGUUUCCCGGGAGUACCAUUUUAUGUAUUAAUUUUAUCACAUUUAUCUGCGACUAAUUCAGCUGAUUCUUCGAAACAAAUGUUGCCCGGUGAAGUUAUGCACUCAUCAAACGAUGUGAAUUACGAGUUUCCUGUGUAUACUGAACUAGUAUGGAAUCAUUUUCUAGAAGCUUUAAAUACAGGUCAUGAUAUGAUAGCUGAAGAACUUAUGAUUCGUUUUCCAAUCCCUGUUAAUUAUAUUAACUCAUGUUGUGUAACACCAUUUGAUCACUUUAAUAGUAAUGUAAACGUUGUAGAAAAUACGCUAGCACCAUCACAAAUUUUAUCCCCUAAUCAUAUUAUCCAAAAACUUCUUUCUUCUCAUCCAAAUUUGGCAAUUACUUAUCUAAAACAUUUAUGCUGCUGCCUGCCUAACUGUCAUCCGGAAAAUCACAAUUUGUUAGCUAAACUCUAUUUGGAUGCUCUGUUUAUUAACCUGAAGUCUACUGAUGUUUUAUCUGAUCAAACAGAUAGAAAAAUUCGUGAAUUAAGAAUGGAGUUUUGUCAAUUGAUACACUACUCACUGUUGAUUUCACAUGAAAUCUUAUUAAAUCGUUUGCUUAACGAAAGUCUGUCAGUGCAAAAGAAGCUGGCAUAUGAAUUGGCAAUACUUGAAGGAAAGGUUUAUAAUCAUAACAAAGCACUGAAAUAUCUUAUCAAUGAUAUGAAUGACUAUAAAGCUGCCUUGUACUAUUGUCUUACGUUUAGUCAACAAUCUAUACAGCAUAAAAUAGGUGAUGUUGAUGCUAUUGCUUCUGCAAUGGUGCAUGGCUCCACGGUUAAAAGGUCACCUGCUAUCAUCCAGCUGGAAGGAAAUUAUGAUAAUCAAUUAAUGCCUUCAAUGUUAUUCACAAGUUUUAUUGACAUCUGUUUUGAUAAACUUGAUGCUGAUGUAAAUAAUUCCUGUGCUAUCAAAGGUAUAAUUUUAAGCCUGUUGACUAAUUCCAAAGUGAAAUUCAACUUCACUAAGGUACUAUCUCGUGUGCCACCUGGUUGGAAUCUUUUGGAAAUAGGAUUGUUUUUACAAAAUGCUUUACGAUGUACACUACGUCAGUGGUCAGAACUUCAUCUUGAGUAUGCUUUAACUAAGUACAAUACUAAGCCAGCUGCUCUUGACCUUCCUAAAGCUUCUCAGUCAUUAGUGAUUCAAGAAAACACUGCGUGUUCAAAAUGUCAUCAAGUGAUUAAUGUUUACGUUCCAUCUUAUAAUUUCGCUUGGCUUGUCUCAGAAAAUGCAGUUGCUCACGUUACAUGUUUGUCCAUGUCUUUAACUGAAUGAUCAAUUUAAUAUUAAUGCUUUUGAUUUUUGAGCUUCAUAUAAUGAUUCUUUAACUGUUGGCUUUCUUAUGUUCUAUUGUGCGAUGUGCCUCAUCUGUUGGCUUCAGUGGCCCGUAGGUUUGAAUGUGACUCUUUUUAUUUCAGUUUCAAUAGCCCUCAUUACGCUAAAUGCACCUCAUGGUGGUUUGGCACAUGAAAAUACUGGCUAAUUAAUAAUUGUGGUAACUAAAAUUGGUGCAUUUUACUCUUAGUGCCCGUAAUCUAAUGUUGACGUUAUGAUAUAUAUAAAUUUUUGUCACUUCAAAAUAAUAAUUUUUGGUGUAUCUAUCAUUCUUAUGAUCACCUAGAGUAGUCAUUAUUUGUUUAACUAUUUUAAUCUGAAAUAAAUUUCGCAAAAUGUAAAUUCGUUUUCUGAAGAGACAUUAAAUCUUUUCCCUUAUGUUAAAUCAGUGACUAUGCUUACAGGACUAGGUUGGCUCAGAUUGAACACACUUAUCGUGCUGUCAUAUGUUUAACUGUGCUACCGGUAGUUUUCUAACAAUACUUGUUAUUUGGGUAUGAAGUUUAUUACAACCCUCCAGUUAUUUGUUUCUAAGUUGAUUUGCAAUUUUGUUGAUUGAUUGUACCGAAAUGUUCGACCUCUGUUGACAUGUCGACUCCUGGUGUGGAUACUUCGAUGAUAUCCAAGGAUUAACUUGUAGUAGUUUGGUGGAUGGCGACUAGUAAUGGAAUCCAGCAUGCACAUUUUCUCCUAUAUGAGACUCGUGCUCUGGAUGUACCCGCAUUCUCCAGUGAGUGAUGGUGUUCCCAUUGAGGCUCGAACCUAGUACCCGUUUUGAUCAUCUAAUAUACUGCAAGUGCGAUACCAGUAUGAACUCUAUAGAGGACUACAUAUCAGUCGGCUUUUCUGAUUGUAAAUGUAUAUCGAAUUUACUAUUGAUUCUGGACUAGGUGGUUAACAGAUUGAGGAUACAAAAGGUUCCGCAUAAAAUCACAACCGAUUAAUAAUCCAUUGAAAUGUUUCAAGAUAUUCGUGUAUAUUUUAUGAAAUGUUGGGUAAAUAUGCCUAUGCUUUCAAAAAGAAACUUUAUUCAAAAACACUUUUUUUCAUCUACUUAUUGCAAACUGUCUAUUCAUUCUAGUAUAGAUAUUCUUGCAAGUUCCAUCCAUCUAAAUUAAGAACCAUAUACCUCGUCUUCUCAACGGGUUUUCGACUUUUUGAAUUGUAUCACAUGGUUAACUCCUAAAUGUAGCAUUUAAGUGUCCCUCUCGCUCAUAACAGGUGAUUCCUAUACACUUGGUGAGGAUAUCUUUUCAGAGAUUUCAUUCUCAAAAGCUCUACAGUCGCGUUUUAUAUACUUAAGUCCACAUAAUUAUAAUUAUUAUUUAAUUCAGCACAGUAACGAGGGGAGAUUAGAAGAGAUAAUAAUUUUCAACUUGAUAUGAAAAUUUUCUGGUGUGAUGAAAGAGGUAUAGAAACCUAAGUAUUGAUUUGAAAAUAGUUGCAUAUUACGUAAAAUAGUUUUUAAAGAACACAUGUAUUAACAUUAUUGUAUACAAAACAAACUGAAAUAGUGCUUUUAUGACUGAAAAAUGAAAAAGUAUAGCUGAAAUGAAAAAAAUACAACUGAGGCACUGAACGAGACUAGAUCCAUGCUUUAUGUAAAGGUCAAACUAGCUUAUCUGGAGCACACAGGUCCGGCUUGAUUCAAAUGAAGAGGGUUUCCGCAGUACAGAGAAGUUUAGAGCACACUGUCUUUGGUAGAUUUCUGCUUCUGAAUGAUGAGUCUAUUGAGAUGUUGUGACAGGUGUUGAUGUAGUGUUCAGUUAUUGAGCUUCUGACAAAACCAGUGCCACUUCUUUGCAGUCAUACCUGGUAGUGUUCUCUAAGUUGCUUUGAAACGAAGCUUCUGGAGCGAUCUAUGUAUACAGAUUGCGACCGUACAGCUUCUGAGAAUAAAACAUAUCCUUUCAAUGGUUUACACACAAUGAUAAGUUUUGUUAU